AAACAAAUCGGCGGCGCUCGGGGGCGGGGCCUGGGCGCGCUGGCUCCGCCCCCUGGCGGCCAGCUCGGCGGCGGCGGCGGCGCCCGCUCAGAACAGACCCCGCCCGUCGAGGAGGAGGGAGGGCCGCCCGCGUCGACAUGCUGCUGGAGGAGGUCCGCGCCGGCGACCGGCUGAGCGGGGCCGCGGCUCGAGGCGACGUGCAGGAGGUGCGCCGCCUUCUGCGCCGGGAGCUGGUGCACCCCGACGCCCUCAACCGCUUCGGCAAGACGGCGCUGCAGGUCAUGAUGUUCGGCAGCCCCACGAUUGCCCUGGAGCUCCUGAAGCAAGGUGCCAGCCCCAACAUCCAAGACGCUUCCGGCACCACUCCGGCUCACGACGCAGCGCGCACUGGAUUCCUGGACACGCUGAGAGUCUUGGUAGAACAUGGCGCUGAUGUCAACGCACCCGAUGGCACCGGGGCGCUCCCCAUCCAUCUGGCGGUCCGGGAGGGCCACACGGCUGUGGUCAGCUUUCUGGCUGCUGAGUCUGAUCUCCAUCACAGGGACGCCAGGGGGCUCACACCCUUGGAGCUGGCUCGGGGGAGAGGGGCUCAGGAUCUCAUGGACAUACUGCAGGGGCCCACGGUGGCACCGCUGUGACCCGGCGCCACCCACCCCAGCGUCAGGACCCGCUGGGUUCCAUGUCAGAAGAGGAGGAAAGAAACACUUUCUCCCCCAGCUCCUCCUGACCGCUGCCGAGGGGGAGGGGCACCAGUUUGUGGCUUGUUGGUGUUGAUUUCUGGAGUGUGUGUGUUUGAGGGGCAUUUCUCAUUUCUUUUUCUCACCCCUUUUGGUGUAUUGAGCAGAGAAGGGCUCCUGCAGGCAGCAACCACUUAAACGGUUCAGUUUCCUCCACGCCCCAGGCUGCUGGGGCUGCAGAUGAGGCCCAAGGGCACAGCAUUUAAAGCCCCAGCCCGAGUGAGGUCAUCGCGUCCAGGGCUCCUGGAACCUGGCGACCUUGGCCGGCUGUACCCAGAGAGAGACCUCGAAUGUGCACACUGCUUUCGGGCAUGGCGGGAGGGGGGAGUAUUCCAAAUCAAUAAAAGGGUAGUAUGAGUUCAUUCAUAUUCUGUUGGAAGCUUGUUUUCCAGUCUCUUGUACAGCGUUAAAAAGAAAAAAAGAUUCUAUUUAUUAAGCUUUAUGGAAAAAAUUGUUGUGUGUGAUAAUUUAAUGUUUUUACCCAUUAAAUUAAGACUUGUGCGUGACCACA